UUUAGUUUAUUUGGUAUGAAAGAUUUAUUAGUUCCAUUAAUAUUUAUUUUGUGUGUAUAAUGUGAAAGUAUGAAGCAUGAGAUAAAAAAUAAAUAAUUAUCGUGUAAAUUAAUAUUUUAAUACUAAUCCUCAAAUUGGUUAUAUUAAGAUUUUACAUAUUUAAAUUUACUAUAAUCCUGGAAAAUAUGGAUAUAUUUGGUCUUCAUCAAUUUGUUGCAGCACCAAUAAAAAAUCUUUUACAAUUCCAACGUAUUAAAGAAAUAAAAUGGAUGAAUCCUCCAGCAUGUACUAAUGAAGCAUAUACACCUACCUCUGUAGAACAUAUAGCAAAUGUAACUACUCAUGGAAUUUGGGUUGUACCAUCUGUCAUAGGUAGCUUGGAACUGGUUCGUCGUUCUAUAACAUGGACUCAAUUAAUAUCAGCUUAUGUAUAUGGUACAUCUUUGAUCCUUGUUUUCACAGUCUCAACAUUUUUUCACAGUGUACAUUACUGCAAUAAUAACAGACAACUUAAAGAAACAUUACAUCGUUGUGAUCGUGCUAUGAUUUACAUUUUUAUUGCUGCAAGUUAUUUUCCUUGGUUCAAUGUAGAUCAUUUCCCAGAUGAUGAAAUAUUAUUUACAAUGCGUUAUGCUAUUUGGAUUAUGGCAACACUGGGCAUAUUAUAUCAACAAAUCUUUCAUGAACAAUAUAAAAUGUUAGAAACAAUUUUUUAUUUAAUUAUAGGAAUUGGUCCUAGUAUUGCAAUUAUUAAUUAUAGUUAUUAUAAUAUUAUUGAAUUAAAAUUGGGAGGACUGCUUUAUAUUUCUGGCUUAUUGUUUUUUAAAUCUGAUGGAAGGAUACCAUGUGCACAUGCAAUUUGGCAUCUUUUUGUUGCUGUAGGAGCUGGUCUGCAUUAUUAUGCUAUAUUAAAUCAUGUCUUUCCUAUAGUUUGUCCAUCAGAUAAUUUUAUGACAGAUGUACCAUCAUUACCAAAAUUAUUAAAAUCUAAUAUUGAAGAAUUAUAAAAUCUUCUAGUUUUGUUUUUCAUUGUAUUAAAUGAAAUCAAUUUUACAAAUUGGAAGUUUUAAAAUUGAUAAAAUAUCAAAUAUUAAUUUGCAAAUUUAAGGUAAGACUAUUAAAAUAAAGUUUUUCUAAUUAUUUAUAAAAUUUUAAGAAGUAGAAAUUAUCAUCAUGUAUGAAAAAUGUACUACUUUUAGAAAGUAACAAUAUUAUGUACCUGAAAUAUACAUAA